GAGGCGCGGGGAGAAGCAGCGCUGGGGACGGCCGCCCUGUCCCCCGCAGCUGAGGACAAUGUUCGAGUCGGUGGUCGUGGACGUGCUGAACCGGUUCUUGGGGGACUACGUGGUGAACCUGGACACGUCCCAGCUCUCUCUGGGGAUCUGGCAAGGAGCUGUGGCCCUCAAGAAUCUUCAGAUUAAGGAAAAUGCCCUGAGUCAACUGGAUGUACCAUUUAAAGUUAAAGUUGGUCAUAUAGGUAAUCUUAAGCUUAUAAUUCCCUGGAAAAACCUUUAUACUCAGCCAGUUGAAGCUGUAUUGGAAGAAAUUUAUUUACUCAUAGUGCCUUCUUCUAGAAUAAAAUAUGAUCCUUUAAAAGAAGAAAAGCAACUCAUGGAAGGAAAGCAACAAGAGCUAAAUAGAAUAGAAGCAGCAAAACAAAAAGUAAUUGAUCAAGAACAACCUCAACUGGAGAAACAGGACACUUUUGCAGAAAAAUUAGUUACUCAGAUCAUAAAAAAUCUUCAAGUGAAAAUUUCCAGCAUCCAUGUUCGUUAUGAAGAUGAUAUCACAAAUCGAGAUAAACCACUGUCAUUUGGUAUUUCUCUUCAAAAUCUCAGCAUGCAGACAACUGAUCAAUACUGGGUGCCAUGUCUUCAUGAUGAAACUGAGAAACUAGUUCGUAAGUUAAUCCAACUGGAUAACCUUUUUGCCUAUUGGAAUGUAAAGUCUCAGAUGUUUUGUCUUAAUGGUUAUGACGAAUCAUUGGAUGACUUGAGGAAUGGCAUUGUUAAUGAAAAUAUUGUUCCAGAAUGUUAUGAUUUUGUAUUUCGCCCCAUAUCUGCUAAUGCCAAACUUCAGAUGAAUCGCCGAUCAGAUUUUGACUUUUCUGACCCCAAAAUAAACCUGGAUGUUGAGUUACAUAACAUAGCAAUUGAAUUUAAUAAACCACAGUAUUUCAGUGUCAUGGAGCUUCUUGAGUCAGUUGAUAUGAUGAAGCAAAAUCUGCCUUAUAGGAAAUUCAAGCCUGAUGUACCUGUUCACUUUCAUGCCCAGGAAUGGUGGGCUUAUGCUAUACAUGGUAUUCUUGAAGUAAAUGUUUGCCCCAACUUACGGAUGUGGUCAUGGAAGCAUAUUAGAGAACAUAGGCAAAAAGUGAAGCAAUAUAAAGAACUGUAUAAAAAAAAAUUAACGAGUAAGAAGCCACCUGGUGAAAUUCUCGUGUCUUUGGAGGAGUUGGAAAAAACCCUGGAUGUCUUUAAUAUAACUAUAGCUAGACAACAGGCAGAAGUUGAGGUAAAGAAAGCUGGAUACAGGAUUUUCAAAGAAGGGAUAAAAGAUCCAGAGGAUAAUAAAGGAUGGUUUAGCUGGUUGUGGUCUUGGUCAGCACAGCAUACUGAUGAACAACAACCAGAUGUUAAACCUGGAAUUCUUGAAGAAAUGUUGACUCCUGAAGAAAAAGCUUUACUCUAUGAAGCAAUUGGCUAUAGUGAAACAGCAGUUGAUCCAACUUUGCCAAAAACAUUUGAAGCCAUGAAGUUUUUUGUUCACUUGAAAAGUAUGUCUGUUGUUCUAAGAGAAAAUCAUCAAAAACCAGAACUGUUAGAUAUUGUCAUAGAAGAAUUUAGCACUUCGAUUGUGCAAAGACCAGGAGCACAAGCAAUAAAGUUUGAAACCAAAAUAGGUUCAUUUCAUGUUACUGGCUUACCAGAUGAUUCAGAAAAGCCUCGCCUUCUGUCUUCAUUGGAUGAAGCUAUGUCACUCUUUCAAAUUACAUUUGAGACAAAUCCAUUAGAUGAAACUGUUGCUCAAAGGUGUAUCAUAGAAGCUGAACCUUUAGAAAUUAUAUAUGAUGCAAGGACAGUGAAUAGUAUAGUGGAAUUCUUCAGACCUCCAAGAGAUGUGCAUCUAGCACAGCUCACUUCAGCAACUUUAACAAAACUUGAAGAAUUUCGUGAUAAGACAGCAACAGGUCUACUGUAUAUUAUUGAAACACAGAAAGUUCUUGAUCUCAAAAUUAAUUUGAAGGCUUCAUAUAUUAUAAUCCCACAAGAUGGAAUUUUUGGCCCUACAUCAAAUCUGCUUCUUUUGGAUCUUGGUCAUCUAAAGGUAACAAGUAAAAGUCGUUCAGAAUUACCAGAUGUUAAACAAGGAGAGGCCAAUCUUGAAGAAAUAAUGGAUAGAGCUUAUGAUUCCUUUGAUAUUCAUCUUAGAAGCAUACAGCUGCUUUAUAGCAGAGUUGGUGAUAAUUGGAAGGAAGCGCGAAAACUCAAUGUAUCCACACAGCAUAUUUUGGUACCCAUGCACUUGAAUUUGGAACUUUCUAAGGCCAUGGUUUUCAUGGAUUUAAGGAUGCCCAAGUUCAAGAUUUUUGGAAGGUUGCCUCUUAUUUCUUUACGAAUCUCAGAUAAAAAACUGCAAGGGAUUAUGGAACUGGUUGAAAGCAUUCCAAAACCUGAACCUGUAACGGAAGUAUCUGCCCCUGUCAAAUCAUUUCAGAUUCAAGCAUCUUCUUCUUUGGGAACAGCACAGAUUUCACAGAAAGUAAUCCCUCUCUUGGAUCUUCCCUCAGUUUCUGAAGAUGACUCAGAGGAAGAAUUUUUUGAUGCACCAUGUAGUCCCUUGGAAGAGUCUCUUCAGUUUCCAACAAGAAUUAAAAGUACUCGACACAAAAAGUUACAAAAGCAGGAUUUUUCAGUAAAUGUGACUAUGUGUAAAAUACAAUUUGAAGUACCAGAGGUUUUGAUUCAAUUUUAUCACCUUGUUGGAGAUUGUGAACUACCUGUGGUAGAAAUUGAUGUUUUAGGAUUGGGCACCGGAAUUGAGUUUAGAACAUAUGAUUUGAAAGCAAAUGCCUUUUUGAAAGAGUUCUGCUUAAAAUGCCCAGAAUAUUUCGAUGAAAAUGAGAAACCAGUUUAUUUGGUUACAACACUGGAUAACACAAUGGAAGAUCUGUUAUUACUGGAAUACAUGAAGGUUGAAAACAAUGUCCCCAACUUGAACAGUACUUAUAACAAUGUUUUACAACUGAUUAAGGUGAAUUUUUCCUCUUUGGAUAUUCAUUUACACACUGAAGCACUUCUGAAUACAAUCCGUUAUCUUAAUAAUAUUCUUCCACAAUCAGAGGAUAAAUCAGCCUCAGUGAACAUUACAGAAACUGAAGAUAAAGGAGAUGUCAUUAAAAAAAUUGCUUCAAAACUAUCCACAGAUGAAGAUGUUAUUACUUUGCAGAUUUUAGCAGAAUUAUCAUGCUUGCAGAUCUUUAUUCAAGAUCAGACACGUAGCAUUUCUGAAAUUAAGAUCGAAGGGCUUGAUUCGGAGAUGAUUAUGAAGCCUUCAGUAACUGAAAUAAAUGCAAAGCUAAGGAAUAUAAUUGUUUUGGAUUCUGAUAUAACAGCUAUGUACAAAAAGGCUGUCUAUAUCACUGGAAAAGAAGUUUUCAGCUUCAAAAUGGUUUCUUAUGUGAAUGCAACUGCUGGCUCUGCAUACACAGAUAUGAAUGUGGUUGACAUUCAGAUUAAUUUAACAGUUGGCUGCAUUGAAGUAGUGUUUGUCACAAAAUUUCUGUAUUCUAUAUUGGCUUUUAUAGAUAAUUUUCAAGCCGCUAAACAAGCCUUGGCUGAGGCAACUGUUCAGGCAGCAGGAAUGGCUGCUACUGGUGUAAAAGAACUGGCACAAAGAAGUUCCAGGAUGGCAUUGGAUGUUAAUAUCAAAGCCCCAGUUGUGGUCAUCCCACAGUCUCCAGUUUCUGAAAAUGUUUUUGUUGCUGAUUUUGGACUAAUUACAAUGACGAAUAUAUUCCAUAUGAUAGCAGAGAGCCAGAGCAACCCCCCACCUGUUAUUGAUUUGAUAACUGUAAAGCUGAGUGAAAUGCGACUAUAUAGAUCUCAAUUUAUAAAUGGUACAUACCAGGAAAUACUGGAUCUGCUACUACCAUUAAAUCUUGAAGUGGUAAUUGAGCGAAACUUAUCCUGGGAGUGGUACCAAGAAGUUCCUUGUUUUAAUGUAAAUGCUCAGCUAAAACCUAUGGAGUUCAUUCUUAGUCAAGAAGAUAUAACAACUAUUUUUAAAACAUUGCAUGGCAACAUACAGGAAGUACAAGAUGGUGAUGCCUCAUCUGCUGUAACAAAAGACCAAAGUAGUGUUACUAGUGGAGUUACUAAUGUUUCACACCAUUCAGGAGGAGCAACUGUGGUGACAUCUGCUGUGGUAGAAGUACAUUCACGUGCCUCACAAGUUAAGACAACACUAAAUAUGAGUUUCAGAACUGAUUAUCUCACCAUGGUACUGUAUAGUCCAGGUCCUGAACAAGCUUCCUUUACAAAUGUUCGUGACCCUUCUCUGAAACUUGCUGAAUUUAAAUUGGAGAAUAUUAUAAGUACUUCAAAAAUGUAUACAGAUGACUCAGCGUUUUCUUCCUUCUCAUUAAAAAACUGCAUUUUAGAUGAUAAAAGGCCUCAUAUCAAGAAAGCAACUCCUAGAAUGAUAGGACUGACAGUUGGGUUUGACAAAAAAGAUAUGAUGGAUAUAAAGUUCAGGAGUGUUCGAGACGGUUCUGUGACUGAUGCAGUCUUUCAAGAAAUGUAUAUUUGUGCAAGUGUAGAAUUUCUGCUGACAGUUGCAAAUGUCUUUCUUAAGGCAUACACUACAGGGACUGCUGUGGAAACAAGUGUUCAAACAUGGACUGCUAAGGAAGAAGUACCUGUACAGGUAUCAAAGAGGUGGGAAGUGAAUAUUAUUAUUAAAAAUCCUGAAAUUGUGUUUGUGGCUGACAUGACAAAAAAUGAUGCUCCUGCCUUAGUCCUUACAAUGCAAUGUGAAGUUUGCUGUAAAGGUGACCUUAACAACAGUACAAUGACUGCUGCCAUUAAAGAUCUCCAAGUAAGAGCCUGCCCAUUUCUUCCAGUCAAGAGAAAAGGCAAAAUCACUACUGUUUUACAGCCCUGUGACUUGUUUUAUCAGGCUACUACGAUAGGUACAGAUCCACAAGUGAUUGAUGUAUCAGUAAAAUCCCUGACAGUAAAGGUUUCACCAGUUAUUAUAAAUACCUCAAUUACCAUAACUGCAGCACUUUUUACAACUAAGGAAACCACCCCAAAAGAAACUACUUCUUCUGCAGCACAUUUAUGGGAGAAGAAGGAUACAAAGAAUUUAAAAAUGUGGUUCCUUGAAGAAUCAAAUGAAACUGAAAAAAUAGCUUCCACAAAUGAAGUUGUACCCAAAGGAGAGAUGAUAAAAAUGAACAUUGAUUCUAUUUUUAUAGUUCUUGAAGCUGGAGUUGGUCAUAGAACAGUGCCUAUGCUUUUGGCAAAGUCAAGUUUUUCAGGGGAAGGCAAAAACUGGAGUUCCCUAAUAAAUCUACACUGUCAGCUUGAGCUAGAAGUGCAUUAUUAUAAUGAAAUGUUUGGUGUAUGGGAGCCUUUGCUUGAACCCUUAGAAAUUGAUCAGACUGAGGAUUUUAGACCAUGGAAUCUUGGAAUCAAGAUGAAAAAGAAAGCAAAAAAGGCCAUUCUUGCAUCAGACACUGAAGAAGAAAACUACAAAGUGCCAGAAUAUAAAACUAUCAUCAGUUUCUAUUCAAAGGACCAGUUAAAUAUUACAUUAUCCAAAUGUGGUCUUAUAAUGUUAAAUAAUUUGGUCCAGGCAUUUACAGAAGCUGCCACUGGAUCUUCUCCUGUCUUCAUAAGAGAUUUAGCACCAUUUAUGAUUUUAAAUUCUCUUGGACUUACUAUCUCUGUUUCGCCAAGUGAUUCUUUUAGUGUACUCAACGUUCCUAUGGCAAAAUCCUAUAUAUUGAAAAAUGAAGAGAGUUUAAAUAUGGAUUAUGUCCGAACUAAGGACAAUGAUCACUUCAGUGCAAUGACCAGCCUAAGCAGUAAACUCUUCUUCAUUCUUCUUACACCCGUUAACCAUUCUACUGCUGAUAAGAUUCCUUUAACAAAAGUGGGACGACGUCUCUACUGUGUAAGACAUAGAGAGUCUGGAGUUGAAAGAUCUAUUGUUUGUCAAAUUGAUACAGUAGAAGGAAGUAAGAAGGUAACAAUUCGCUCCCCAAUGCAGAUUAGAAACCAUUUUUCAGUCCCACUCUCUGUUUAUGAAGGGAAUACCUUACUGGGAAGUGCUUCACCAGAAAAUGAAUUCAAUAUACCAUUAGCAUCUUACCGAUCAUUCCUUUUUCUGAAACCAGAAGACAAUGACUAUCAAAUGUGUAAAGGAAUUGACUUUGAAGAAAUUACAAAAAAUAAUGGAGCUCUUCUAAAGAGGAAAUGUAAAUCUGUAAAUCUUUCUAAGAAACCAUUUCUCAUUAAUAUUGUCCCAGAAAAAGAUAAUUUGACAUCUCUAUCAGUGUAUUCAGAAGAUGGUUGGGAUUUACCAUACAUAAUGCAUUUGUGGCCACCUAUCCUACUCCGAAAUCUUCUCCCUUACAAAAUUGCUUAUUAUAUAGAGGGAAUUGAAAACUCAGUUUUUACUCUACGUGAAGGACAUUCAGCCCAGAUUGGUACUGUACAGUUGGAGAAAGCCAAGCUACGUUUAAAAUUACUUGACUAUCUUAAUCAUGACUGGAAAAGUGAAUAUCAUAUAAAACAUAAUCAGCAAGAAAUUAGUUUUAUCAAUUUUACCUGUGUUACAGAAAUAGAAAAGACUAAUUUAGAUAUUGCUAUCCAUGUGACUUACAAUACUGGUCAGACAGUUGUGGCAUUUCAUAGUCCUUAUUGGAUGGUCAAUAAAACUGGUCGAAUGUUACAGUACAAAGCAGAUGGAAUUCAUCGAAAGCAUCCACCUGAUUAUAAAAAGCCAGUUCUGUUUUCUUUUCAACCAAAUCACUUUUUUAAUAACAAUAAGGUUCAGCUUAUGGUAACUGAUAGUGAAUUGUCAGAUCAGUUUUCAAUUGAUACUGUUGGUAGUCAUGGAGCUGUCAAAUGUAAAGGCCAAAAAAUGGAAUAUCAAGUUGGUGUCACUAUAGACCUCAGCAGUUUUAACAUUACUAGAAUUGUGACAUUUACUCCUUUUUACAUGAUUAAAAACAAAAGCAGAUACCACAUAUCAGUGGCUGAAGAGGGAACUGAUAAAUGGCUCUCUAUUGAUUUGGAGCAGUGUAUCCCCUUUUGGCCUGAGAAUGCUUCUAGUAAGCUUCUUAUUCAAGUUGAAAGGAGUGAAGGUCCUCCCAAAAGGAUAUAUUUUAACAAGCAAGAAAAUUGUAUUUUAUUGCGUCUGGAUAAUGAGCUUGGAGGUAUUAUAGCAGAAGUUAAUUUGGCUGAGCAUUCUACAGUUAUUACAUUUUCAGAUUAUCAUGAUGGAGCAGCUACAUUUCUGUUAAUAAACCACACGAAAAAUCACCUGAUUCAGUACAACCAAAGUUCUCUCAGUGAAAUAGAAGAUUCCCUCCCUCCUGGAAAAGCAGUGUUUUAUACAUGGGCUGAUCCAGUGGGCUCUAGAAAGUUGAAGUGGCGAUGUGGAAAAAGCCAUGGUGAAGUAACACAAAAGGAUGAUAUGAUGACACCUAUACAUUUGGGCAAAAAGACUGUUUAUUUAGUGUCAUUCUUUGAAGGCUUACAACGCAUUAUUUUAUUCACUGAAGAUCCAAGGGUAUUUAAAGUAACAUACGAAAGUGAGAAAGCAGAGUUAGCAGAGCAAGAAAUUGUAUUGGCGUUACAAGAUGUUGGAAUUUCUCUUGUCAACAAUUACACAAAGCAAGAAGUAGCCUAUAUAGGCAUUACAAGUUCUGAUGUGGUUUGGGAGACAAAGCCCAAGAAGAAGGCUCGAUGGAAGCCAAUGAGUAUAAAGCACACUGAGAAGUUAGAGAAAGAAUUUAAGGAAUAUACUGAAUCUUCACCUUCAGAAGAUAAAGUUAUUGAGUUGGACACUAACAUUCCGGUCCGCUUAACACCUAGUGGUAAUAACAUGAAAAUUCUGCAACCUCAUGUAAUAGCUCUACGAAGAAAUUAUCUUCCAGCGUUAAAAGUAGAAUAUAAUACAUCUGCACAUCAGUCAUCAGUCAGAAUUCAAAUUUGCAGAAUACAGAUUCAAAAUCAGAUACAUGGUGCUAUAUUUCCAUUUGUGUUUUAUCCUAUUAGACCUCCAAAGUCGGUCACCAUGGAUUCAGCACCAAAGCCCUUUACAGAUGUCAGUAUUGUCAUGAGAUCUGCAGGACAUUCCCAGAUAUCACGUAUUAAGUAUUUCAAAGUGUUAAUUCAAGAAAUGGAUCUCAGGUUAGAUCUUGGCUUUGUCUAUGCUUUAGCAGACCUUAUGACAGAAGCUAAGGUGACUGAAAAAGCAGAGGUUGAGCUUUUUCAUAAAGAUAUAGAAGCUUUCAAAGAAGAAUAUAAAACAGCUUCAUUAGUAGAUCAAUCACAAGUCAGUCUCUAUGAAUAUUUUCAUAUAUCUCCUAUCAAG